AUGUCAACCAAACUUGCGAUAGUCACCGGCAGUAACAAAGGCAUAGGGUACGCUAUAGUGAAAGCCCUUUGUGAAAAAUUCGACGGCGACGUGUACCUGACGGCCCGCGACGUGAGCAGGGGCGAGAAGGCAGUGCAAACGCUGAACGCGCUCGGCCUGAAGCCCAAGUUCCAUCAACUGGACGUGACGAAGGACGAUAGCGUGGCCGAGUUCAAACGUUUCGUCGAGAAGAACUACGCGGGCAUCAACGUCUUGGUGAACAACGCGGCUAUAGCGUUCAAAGUAAAUUCCGAGGAACCGUUUGCCUUGCAGGCAACUAAAACUUGCAAAGUCAAUUACUUCGGGGUGAGAAGAGUUUGCCAUGCGUUAUUUCCAUUACUGUUGCCGGGCGCCCGCGUUGUGAACGUAUCGAGCUCCGCCGGACUCUUGUCCAGUAUUCCCGGCGAUCGAAUAAGAGCCAAAUUUUCAUCUUCGAAUUUGAAAAUUAGAGAGCUGGACGGUUUGGUCAAUCUGUUCGUUGAAUCGGCUUCCCACGGUAUUCACAGAAGUCUGGGAUGGCCGUCAUCGGCGUACGCGCUAUCGAAAGUAGCUGUGAACGUGCUGACCAUAAUCCAGCAAAAAAAAUUCGACGUUGACCCCUACAGAAAAGACAUCAUAGUGAACAGCGUUCAUCCGGGUUACGUGGCCACGGACAUGAGCAGCCAUAAAGGUCCAUUAACUAUUGAAGAAGGUGCCGAAGCUCCGGUUUACCUAGCAUUAUUACCGGAAGGUGAACAAAAUGUCAAAGGCCAGUAUGUCUGGAAUGAUAAGACCGUUAAAGACUUUUACAAGUUAUAA